GUUUAUUUGCAAAAUAAAUAAAAUAUUUAAAUAGUGAGGGUUAUUCUUUAAGGUGGCCAUGCCCUGACUGUAUAUGUUGUCUCUUUUUGUGUUUCUGGCAUUCAAGAGUAGCCUCAAUGCAGAUGAACUUCAAAUGUCCUACCACAAGGACUAAGAUGAGUCUUUGUAUCAUCCUUAGUUUGUUUUUUGUUUACAUCACCCACUGUCACCUUUAUCAUCUUGGUCCACGACUGAAAAAGUCAGCCUAAUAACAUGACUACGUGUUGAAUGUUUAAGCAGCCUCUUCAUCCCCUCAAAGGGUUUCCGUCCUCUGGUCACAUGACAUGAGGCGGAGAGUCCUUUUUAAUCAGGUCAGAGCAUCUGUUACUGUAGGUCAAGAGAUCCAGCACUGAUCUGGGGGCUCCCUUGGCAACCUGUCACACAGCAGUAGGUGAGCUCUAACUGAGACCUGUACUGCCAGCAGGUCACUCCUGUCUUGCUACAGGUCACUUUAAUCAAGUUUCACCGGAACAAACAGGAAUCGGUUACGGUUACAAAGGUAGUAAAUAAAUUAAAGAUGCCCACAAAAAAGAAAAAAAUAGACCAGGAGGAAACCAAAGCCGAAGAUGACGACGAAUCCGAGGAUCAGGAACUAAAGCUGAAAAAGAAGAGUAAGCCAGUGAGGAAGAAGAAAUCCAGAGCCAGUGAUGAGGACAGAAAAGACUCUGACACAUCAGGGCCAGAUGUAAGGAGUUCCACGAGUAAGGGAGAAGAUAGAGUAAAGCUCAAGAAGAAGAAGAAGAAGAAGAAGAAAGCCAAGGAAGAGGGUGAGGAUGAGCUGAGCAAUGAUUCACACGACACGGACAAUGAAAAUAACAACAAUAUCAACAGUAAGAAACAAAGAGGAAGACUCCCUGAUGUGAUUGAGACGACGAAGAACGGUUUAAAGAAGUCUUUAGACAAAUACAAAAUGGGUAAGGACAAAAAAUCCAAGAAGAAUUCCGAGGAGGAUUCAGGUGCUGAGGAAGAUGAGGGUAAGAAGAAGAAAAACAAGAAGAAGAAGGGCGGUGACAGUGAUGAUGACACGAAGAAAACCAAAGGCAAGAAGAAGAAGAAGGUUGAAGACUAUGUGGAAAUCUAUGAGAAUGAGCUGCGGAACUAUGAGCCAGAAAAAGUGGAGAACUAUGAGGAUGAGUAUCACAAAAAGAAAGUCUAUGAAGUGGUGACAAUCACUGGCGAUGAGAGAGGAGCAGGAACUGAUGCUAAUGUGUUUGUCACCCUGUUUGGAGAAUAUGGCAUCACUCCCAAAGUUCACCUGGCCAGCAAGAGUCGUACAGCUUUUGAGAGGGCCAAAACGGAUGUGUUCAGGAUCAGAACCCACAAUGUAGGGCCGAUUAAAAAGAUAAGGAUUGAACAUGACAACACUGGAAUGAGCGCCAGCUGGUUUCUGGACAGAGUGAUGAUAACAGAUGUAAUCAGGCCUCACCUGAGGUACUACUUUGCAUGUAACAACUGGCUGAGUAAGACGGAGGGAGACGGCCUUUAUACCCGGGACCUGCUGGGCUCCAUGGACGCCAUGGACAUGCCCAAAUAUAACAAGUACAUAGUGAGCGUUUUUACUGCAGAUAUGAAAGGCAGCGGAACAGACGCUGAUGUUUACAUUAAUAUCUUUGGGGAGUUAGGAGACACAGGUGAAAGGCGGCUGGACAAUGACAAGGAUAACUUUGAAAAAGGAACAGAGGACAAAUUUACCUUUGAUGCACCAAAUAUUGGCAAAGUGAGGAAAAUCACCCUUGGUCAUAACAACAAAGGCUCCUCAGCAGGAUGGUUUGUCGACAAGGUUGUUUUGGAUGAUCUGGGAAACAAAAUGUUGUAUGAAUUUCCAGUAAAUCGUUGGUUUGCCAUCGAUGAGGAUGACGGGAAGAUCCAGAGGGACAUCUUAGUCGGGGGGUCUCAGCCAACAGGUAUUGUGUACAACAUCCAGAUUGUGACAGGAAACAUCCGAGGAGCUGGGACCAACUCCAAGAUCCAUGUCGUGAUGCACGGCUCAAAAGGCAUGAAGAACAGCGGCAAGGUAUUUUUAGAGGGCGGGAAGUUUGAGCGAGGCCUAACGGACAUCUUUAAUGUGGAAAUAGCCGCGCUACUCAGUCCCAUCAGCAGAGUCACCGUUGGGCAUGACAACGAUGGAGUAAGUGCUGGCUGGUACUGUGAAAAGGUGGUGGUGUACUGCCCAUUCACAGGAAUUGAACAGACUUUUCCUUGUAGUAAAUGGCUGGAUGACAGAGAGGGAGACGGGCUGAUAGAGAGAGAGCUCUAUGAGAUGGUUUCUCUCAGACAGAAGAGACAGAAAAAGCACCCCUGGUCUUUAUGGAUCUGGACCUCAGAUCUGCCCAGCUCUGGAACUGAUGCUGAAAUCUCCUUCCAGGUUUAUGGAGAGAAGGGAAAAUCAGACGAGAUCAGGCUGGAAAACAAAACAGACAACUUUGAACAGGGACAGACAGACAAGUUUAUGGUUGAGCUUCCAGAUUUAGGAAAAUUGACCAAAUUACGGAUCUGGCACGAGAAGAGAAGUCCAUUCGCUGGAUGGCAUCUCAGCAAGGCAACUAUAAUGAAGACGUUGACCAAAGAAAAAUAUAUGUUUCCAUGUGAGCGGUGGUUGGACUCCAAUGAAGAUGACCAGGAGGUUGUGAGGGAGCUUCCUGCCACUGGUGACCUGAUCUCUGAGCCGCUGCCAGUGAUAAAGUACAGAGUGACGGUGUGCACAGGGACUGUCGGCGGCAGUGGCACAGACGCGAAUGUUUAUCUAAAUCUAAUUGGAGACAUGGGAGACACGGGGGACCGAGAUCUGGUCAACUGCAAGAACAAUGUCAACAAGUUUGAGAAAGGAAAUUUGGACGAGUUCAUAAUCGAAGCAGUGAACAUCGGACGGGUCCGCAGGGUCAGGAUUGGACAUAACGGAAAAGGUGGAGGCUGCGGCUGGUUCCUUGAUAAAGUGGUGGUCAGAGAGGAGGGACAGGCUGAGUCUCAGGCUAUUGAAUUUCCCUGCAACAGGUGGCUGGAUCGUGGCGAGGACGAUGGACAGAUUGUCAGGGAGUUAGUGCCAAUAUUAGAUGGACAACGUCUUUACAACGUCGACUAUAAAAUUAUAGUGAAGACGGGCAGCAUCCCCGGCAGCAGUUCUGACUCUAAUGUGUUCAUCAAGUUGUAUGGAGAGAAAGGCGACACCACUAAGAUGAUGCUGCUGGUCUCCGAAAACAACCUGGGCAACUACUUUGAGACGGGCCGCAUUGAUGUCUUUAAUGUGGAAACUUUCAAUAUUGGACAGAUCAGUCGCAUGAUGAUUGGUCACACCAAUGAAGGCAUGCGUGCUGGUUGGUUCCUGGACAGUGUUCAGAUCAUAGUUCCAGUCCAUGGGUCAAAUUACAUGUUUCCCGCCCACCGCUGGCUGUGCAAGGAUGAGGCCGAUGGGAAAACAGAAGUGGAGCUUUAUCCAAGCGAGAUCCUGGAGGUGGAACAAUUGAUGAACUAUGAAAUAACAGUCGUGACUGGAGAUGUGGUGUUUGCCGGCACCAAUGCCAGAGUGUACAUCCAGCUCUAUGGAGAAAAUGGAAAAUCUGAGGUUAUCAGACUGCACAGCAGGUCCAACAACUAUGAGAGGGACACCACCGAAAUAUUCAAGAUCAAUGCCAAGGAUGUGGGGAAGAUCUUCAAGAUCCGCAUUGGUCACGAUGGCUCAGGAGUUGGAGCUGGCUGGUUCCUGGAGUCUGUGGAUGUCAAACAUCUAAUCAUGGCCAUGAUGCCCAAGGAGAAGAAAAAGGAAGACAAGAAAAAAAAGAAGAAAAAGAAGAAAGAUGAGGAUGAUGAAGAUGAAGGAGAGGAGAUGCAGGAAGUCGCGUUCACGUAUCAUUUCCCCUGUUCCCGCUGGCUGGCGGAAGGAGAGGAGGAUGGAGAACUGGUGGUGGAGCUGCUACCUGAGGAUGCAGAAGACUUGGAAAUCAACACCUAUGAAGUGUGUGUCUUCACUGGAGACAUGCUAGGAGCCGGUACUGAUGCCAACGUCCUCGUUAAUAUUUAUGGAGAAAAUGGAGACACCGGAGAGCGCCCCCUGAAGAACUCUGACAACAUCAACAAAUUUGAGCGAGGCCAGGAGGAUGUUUUCACAGUGACAGCUGUCGACCUGGGUACUCUGAAGAAGUUGCGGAUUCGCCAUGACAACACCAACUCUUAUUCCUCCUGGUACCUGGAUCGUGUGGAGAUAGUGGACACAAAGGAAGACAUAACGUAUUAUUUUCCGUGUAACCGAUGGCUUGCUGUGGAUGAGGAUGAUGGACAGAUUGCGAGGGAGCUAGUCCCUGUGGACGAGGCUUUCAUGAUGCAGGAUGAUGAUGAAGAAGGAGGGGCCACACUUGGACUGGAGCAGAAAUCCAUGUCAACUACAUACACAGUGAAAGUAAAAACUGGUGAAAAGAAGUAUGCUGGAACUGAUGCCAACGUUUACUGCAUCCUGUUUGGUGAAACUGACGACACAGGGUUUGUCAACCUGAAGUCUUGCAAGAAUCAUAAGAACAAGUUUGAGCAGGGAAUGGUCAAUGAGUUCACCAUCGAGGCUGUGGACUUGGGCGAGCUGCUGAAGCUUCGAAUUGGCCAUGACAACUCAGGUGGUUCAGAAGGAUGGUUCUUGGACUGGGUCGAGGUUGAUGCACCGUCACAGGGUCAGAGACUACGUUUCCCAUGUGGCCGAUGGUUGGACAAGAACGAGGAUGAUGGCGCGAUAGUGAGGGAUCUGUAUCCUGCUGAUUUACAGACUGAACUCUACACACCAUUUGUGCCCUAUGAGAUAAAGAUCUUCACCAGCGAUGAGUUUUGUGCAGGGACAGACGCCGAUGUGUUCAUAGCCCUGUAUGGACAUAAGGGAGUGUCCACGCAGCAGAAACACCUGUGUGUCAACAAGAGGGAGCGACGUCUGUACUUUGAGAGGGGAGCAGAGGACAUGUUCAUCGUAGAGUUGGAGGAUGUAGGUGAUGUCAUAGAGAAGAUCAGAAUCGGACACGACAACAAAGGCACCAACCCAGGAUGGCACCUGGACAGAGUGGAGAUCAGACGACAGCUCCGCAAAGGAAAGGGCUCAGAGACCACCAUAUUCCCAUGCGAGUGCUGGCUGGCCAAGUCUGAGGAUGAUGGGGAGACAGUGAGGGAGCUGGUCCCCUCAGACAUCAUCACUCAGAAACUCCUCAGGGACGGUACGCUGAAAACCACUGAAACAGAGGUGGAGGAUGCCCUGGAAACUCACAGCUACAAAGUGUCUGUGCGGACGGGGGACAUGUAUGGAGCUGGAACUGAUGCCAACGUUUUCCUGACCAUCUACGGAGACCUGGGGGACACAGGGGAGCGCAAACUUGCCAAAUCUACGGCCAACACCAACAAGUUUGAGAGAGGAGCAGUGGACAAGUUCACCAUCGAGGCUGUGGAUCUAGGACAAGUCUUUAAGAUUGCUAUUCGUCACGACAACUCCAAUGUGGCAGCUGACUGGUACUUGGACCAGGUGGAGGUGCUGGAUGAGGACACUGAGGAGGUCUACAUGUUCUUGUGUGAGCGUUGGCUGUCCACGAAGAAAGAAGACAAAUGCAUAAGCAGGAUCUUCUUUGUCAAGGGAUACGAAGGUGAAAGGAGCACUGAUCCAAUGUCCCUGAAAAUAGCGCAGGCCAAACAGGGUCUGGACCGAAAUGCCAACAAGAAGAAAAAGAAGAAAAAAGCAGCGGUGGUUGAGGAGGGUCCAAUCAUCCCAUAUCACUUCACUUUGUCCACGGGAAAGGAACGUGAUGCCACCACCACAGCCAGGGCCUAUGUCAUCAUUAUUGGCAACAACGAGACAGAGACAGAUCGACUGUGGCUCGACCUGCCAAAGGGAAAGAAUUGCUUCGUGGCUGGCACCAUGGAGCACUUUGUGUCUUAUGGAACUGACGUUGGAGAGAUCAAGAGGGUGGAACUUGGUCAUAACGGUGUGACACCAGAGAGCUGCUGGUUGGUGGAAGAGCUGUCGGUUGCCGUGCCAACCAAAGGUAUCAAGUACAUUUUUCCAUGUAGGUGCUGGCUGGCUAAAGACAGAGGAGAUGGUCUGACUGCCAGACUUUUUAAUGUGCUGGAUGCUAGCACUAUCAACAUUAUCCGCAAAGUCAUAUAUUCAGUGACAGUUGUCACGGGUGACACCCAGUAUGCAGGGACUGAUACCAACAUAUUCCUUACUGUGUAUGGAGCCAAUGGGAGCACAGAGGAAAUGCUGCUGCCUAAAAAUGGGGACAGGUUUGAACGAGACCAAGAAGACACUUUCAACCUUGAAAUUGACGACAUUGCUCCUCUGAAAAAGAUCAGAGUUCGGAUUGAUGGCACUGGAAGUCGUCCUGAUUGGUUUCUUGACAGAAUUGUGAUGCAAAACCUGACCACAGAGGAAGUUUAUGAGUUCACCUACGAGAACUGGCUGUCAAAGACCAAAGGGCCAAAGAGGACAAAGGUGUGUGAGCUGGGAGCAGUGGUGGAUGAAGAGGAGAUGGUGGAGAAGACCACCUACAUCGUCCAAGUCCAAACCAGUGAUGUCGGAGGGGCUGGCACUGAUGCCAACGUGUUUCUGAUCUUGUUUGGGGAGUAUGGAGACAGUGGAAUGCUGCCUCUGAAGAUGAGCACCAACCGAAACAAAUUUGAGCGAAAAAUGAAGGAUGUGUUCAGGUUUGGGGACAUGCUCAGUCUGGGUGAACUGUCCAAGGUGCGGGUGUGGCAUGACAACAAAGGUCCUGCUGCUGGUUGGCACCUGGACUACAUCGAUGUGAAAGAUGAGGCCAUGGACCAGACCUUUAGGUUCCCCUGUGAUCGCUGGUUGGCUAAGAAUGAUGACGAUGGUGAAACGAUGAGAGAGCUGGCCUGUGCCAACAACGACUCCAUAGACCUCAGUGAUAAAACCAAAUAUGAAAUUGCCACAACAACUGCAAACACAGACAAGGCCUCCACCACGGAAAACGUCUGGUUGGUUUUGGAAGGAAGAAAAACUCGUUCCAAAGAGUUUGUCCUGGAGAAUAAGAAAAAGAAGUUCCAAUGCGGUGCCGUUGACUCAUUUGAGUUCUCCUCCAAGCACCUGGGGGAUAUCGCUGGAAUCACCAUUGGUCAUAUAACCAAAGAUGGCAAGAAGCCCAAGAAGGAAGUGUUCUGGCAUGUGAUGGAGGUGGUGGUGACUGAGAAAGAGCUGGGAAACAAAUAUUACUUCCAGUGUGAUGCACAAAUCCCUCUGGCAGCCAAAAAGGACCAGUUCCUGACCUUUGAAUGCUGCAGGUCCGUUGAGAGUUUUGCGAGCAAAGUCCGCAACCUUGUUCCCGUCAAGUAUGAAAUCAUUGUCAUCACGGGGGACAUAAAAGGAGCAGGCACAGACGCCAACGUCUUCAUUACCCUCUAUGGAGUCAACGGGGACUCGGGCCAGCGUGCUCUGAAGCAGAAGUUCCGUAACCUUUUUGAGCGAGGAAAAACAAACCGCUUUAUUUUAGAGAUGCUGGAUCUCGGCGAGCUGCUGAGGGUGAAGAUGGAACACGACUGCAGCCACCCCAACAGUGGAUGGUACUUAGAGUGUGUGGAGGUGACCAACACCGCCAACUCUGUCACCACCAUCUUUCACUGUGGGAAAUGGCUGGGCACUGACAAGGCCGACGGACAGAUUCAGAGAGUCCUUUACCCCAAAUAUUAGGAGGAGGGGGAGUUUUUGAGACAUUUUCAUUAUUUGUAAUUUUAUACGGAUUUGUAUUUUUUAAUUGUAACGGUGUGCCAAUUGUUUAGGUCUAGGGUCUGUGUCAGGUUUAUUCUAAAAUAUAUGACGACAAAGUAACAACACAAAAGACGUCUUGA